CCUUCACUUUCUUUCCAACUCUGUAUAAAGAGAGCAAGUGAGUGACUAUCAGACAUCUGGGUGCUCAAUUGAUCUCUUCCCAAUCCCCACAUUUGAUCACAUUUUACCAAAGUGAGAGAGAUCUGGUAGUUCCAAUUCCAAUCACCUUUUUUUUUUAUCUCUCUUAGGGAGAUAGGGAGAUUGGUACUAUGGCUGAGAGUACCAAAGUUCUGAUACCAGAGACAUUCCAGGGUGGGAGUAGCUUUGACAUUGCAGGCCAAAUUGGGCUGAUAUGGGAGCUAAUCAAAGCGCCAUUGAUAGUUCCUCUGCUCAGAGUUGGGGUCUAUGUCUCACUAGCCAUGGCUCUCAUGCUCUUUGUGGAGAGGGUGUACAUGGGUAUUGUCAUUGUUUUGGUCAAAAUGUUCUGGAAGAAGCCAGAGAAGCGCUACAACUAUGAGCCCAUUCAGGAGGAUUUGGAAUUGGGCAGUUCCAAUUUCCCAGUUGUGCUUGUUCAAAUCCCUAUGUUCAAUGAAAGAGAGGUCUACAAGAUCUCCAUUGGAGCUGCAUGUGGGCUGUCGUGGCCGUCCGAUCGUCUCGUGAUCCAAGUCCUGGACGAUUCAACUGACCCUACAAUCAAGAAAAUGGUGGAGGCAGAGUGUCAGAGGUGGGCGAGCAAAGGCAUAAACAUAGUGUACCAAAUCAGAGAAAGCAGAGGAGGAUACAAAGCAGGGGCAUUGAAAGAGGGACUGAAACGAAGCUACGUGAAGCACUGCGAGUACGUCGCUAUAAUGGACGCCGAUUUCAGACCUGAGCCUGACUACCUCAGGCGAGCCAUCCCUUUCUUGGUCCACAACCCCGAAAUCGCUUUGGUUCAAGCUCGUUGGAGAUUCGUAAACUCGGAUGAAUGCUUGCUGACAAGAAUGCAAGAAAUGUCAUUGGAUUACCAUUUCACAGUUGAACAAGAAGUUGGGUCAGCAACACAUGCCUUCUUUGGCUUUAAUGGAACUGCCGGUGUGUGGAGAAUUGCUGCUAUUAAUGAGGCAGGUGGGUGGAAAGAUCGUACAACAGUGGAGGACAUGGAUCUUGCUGUCCGAGCUGGUCUCAGAGGCUGGAAAUUUUUGUACCUUGGUGACCUUCAGGUGAAAAGUGAACUUCCUAGUACCUUCAAUGCCUUCCGUUUCCAGCAGCACCGAUGGUCUUGUGGUCCAGCUAAUCUGUUCAGGAAAAUGGUGUGGGAAAUAGCAAUGAACAAGAAAGUUACAUUGUGGAAGAAAUUCUACGUCAUCUACAGUUUCUUCUUUGUAAGGAAGAUCAUAGCCCAUAUGGUGACUUUCUUCUUUUACUGUGUGGUGCUUCCCCUCACCAUUUUGGUUCCUGAGGUUCAUGUUCCAAUUUGGGGAGCAGUUUAUAUUCCUUCCAUCAUCACCAUCCUCAACUCAGUUGGAACUCCAAGGUCAAUUCACCUUUUGUUUUACUGGAUCCUUUUCGAGAAUGUGAUGUCCUUGCACCGGACCAAGGCAACUUUAAUCGGCCUAUUCGAAGCAGGAAGAGCCAAUGAGUGGGUUGUCACUGAGAAACUGGGAGAUACUGUCAAGAAAGCAGCAGAUGCUGCCAAGAACAAACCAGCCCCCAAAUUCUUCAAGAAACCUAAGUUCAAGUUUGGCAACAGACUGCACAUGUUGGAGCUGGGAUUUGGAUUGUUUUUGUUCUUCUGUGGAUGCUACGAUUAUGUACAUGGGAAGAACAACUACUUUGUGUACCUCUUCCUCCAAACCAUCACAUUCUUGAUCUGUGGAUUUGGCUACGUCGGAACCAUCAUCCCCAGCUCUUAGUGGCAGCGAAAUUCGCAGUAAACUAUAUAGAUUUAAAUUGACAGAAUCCUCUUAUUGUUUGUCACCAUGCCAUGCCUCUACAACAAGAUCUAUGUAAGUGGGGAUUCUAUGAGCAAAUGUUGGUUGCAACUUAUAUUAUUUUCAGCUCAUUAAAAAUUCAUCUUGCCGGUGGAAAAAGUUCUUGCUGCGCCUUCCUCAACGAAAUCUGAUGCCAUUUUGAGUAAACAUGGAAAUUUACAGAGAGAAAGCAAUGCUGUCGUUUUGAACAACACAUUAUACAGAGUUAAAUAUUCCAAGGAAGAUGCAGAUGCCAUUUUUUUCAAGGACAAGGAUAUAGUAGUUAUAUUUUCUUCAAAUAGAUUGGUUGUAAUUGUGAAGUUUUGUUCCUUCUUUCUUGGAUUGGCCAUUUUUAGUUUUCUUUCUUCCCUUGGAUUGUGGGUAAUAAGCUCAUGGAUGAAAUAGUUGAAAGUUGUAAUCAAAAGUUUGUCAUCAUUUCACCACAUCCUGUGCCUAGUUGUGACUUUAGAUUAUAUCAGAUUAAAGUACCACACUAUAUACAUAAUAGAGAGCAAGUCAUAAGCUUGACAGUCUUUUUUAGGCUGGAAAUGCUGUUCUUUGGAAAUGCUCUUCAUCUUCUGAA